GAAUAUCUUUGUUUUUUUCGUUGUUGAGUAGCGGCCAAAGCAUAAUUUUCGUCGAACUAAAUGAAAGUCUGCAGCAAUCCACACUAUGGCAAAAUGCUCAGUUGCGAAAAGCGGUGCUGAGGGAUGCGUUCCCACAAUUGUUGUUGGACAGGUUAGGAUUGGACACUUUGUUAGAGAGAGUACCUGAAUCGUAUGUUCGCGCGAUCUUUGGGUCAUAUCUGGCUAGCCGAUUCGUGUAUAAAUAUGGUACACAGCCAUCGCAAUUCGCAUUCUUCGAAUUCAUGAAUCCAUUUUUUGCCAAGAUCACCGAACACUACAGCUGA